AAAAAUUGAAUGUCGCGCGUUUGCCGAGCUGCUUUUUCAUUUAAUUUUUCGUUUUAAUUAAGGAACCCUUUUUAGAGAAAUUUCUCAAGAGAGUUGCACUCGUCGGGCUUCUUAUUCUUUUGACGUGCAAUUUAGUAGAGCAGUGCGAUUUUCAGUUCGACCGAAAGAAAAAGCACUAGUCGAAGAAUGCAUCGAGUGAAUAAAAUGACGUGCACUUUUUGCCGGCCGAGCGGGCAAUGAAGAAUCACACCAAGUUUCGCGCGGAGGAGAAUUUCAGCCGAAAGCGCCAGAGACUUUUAUGUAUACUCGCUGUAGAGAGAGGUUAGUGUUGGUGAUAUUGAACGAGUGCGGGGCGACGGACUGUGAAACGAGUGCACAACUACUCUGGUAACGGCACGCGUCUCUGGCAAAUUCUAUCAGUUGGCCGCAGAAGAGCAGAGAGACAUGCAGCUGCCGCCGCACCUGUGGUUGGUGCCCCUGUUGCUGCUCAGGGUCAGAGCCGACCCUGACCAGCACGACGUCCUCUGCGAACCCAGGUCCUUCGUGCCCUAUUUGUCUAUCCCCGGACAGGCGGUGCUCACAGUCCUUGUUGAUGGCCACACUGGAGAGAACUGCACGAUCCCGGUGGCCGUCGGCCUGGAACAAAUGGCCGCGAUCGCGUGGGCCGUGUCUGAAGCGAACGCUGUCAGCCUCGUCCCCGGAAUCAAUAUAGGACUGGAGGUUUUUGACACGUGCAGCAACGUCGUCGUCACCCAAAAAGCAGCCCUGUCGGCCCUUUCUGAGGCGGACUGCGAUGGCCACUUCUCCAUAGGUGUUUUGUCCAGUUAUCGAACAGCCCAGACGAUCCACGCGUUAUUAGACGCCCUGGACAUCGAGUCCUUUGGGAAAUACUUGCCAGAGCCAAAAACUCUCGGGCCGACCGCACUCGCUGCUGUUCAGACGCUGAAAGCUCUAAAUGUCACACACACUGCCGUUGUCGCACACUCGGCGGCCGCACUCCGGGUUUUUUCAGCUUUGGCCAAGAAAAUGGACAUUUGCGUCACCUGGCAGGAUGUAAUGGAUUUAAAUGAUGAAUCGUUUGUGGACAUUGAAGUUGGAUACCCGUCUCAGGGCGGCAGUGCCGUGAUUUUGGGCCCGUGGACCCUGAUCAAGGAGCACCUCGAGGGCAUCCAGUCCAACAGCAACUUCACCAGUCUGUCGUGGCUGCUGGCGCCGACGGACCUGCCGUGGGAGGUCGUGUCUGAGGAGGCCACCUACGAGGGCCUGCCCCCCAACACCCUGAUCGCCGCCGCCUCCGCGGAGGCGGCCCUGCGCCUCGACUCCCUCGUCAACCAGGAGACGCUCGAGGCCCUCGGGCCGGGGACGUUGGCCGCCGAGGCGCACCUGGCCGAGCUCAAGAGGGCCGCCCUGGUGGUGCUGGAGGCGGUCAGCCGGCUCAGGGAGGCCCUGCUGGAGGACUGCGGCCAGUUCAGCAUGUGCGCCCAACUCAAGCCGCUGGCCCGGCACAACUUCAGCCAGGACGCCGCCCUGGCGCCCACGGCCCUCGAGCCGCCGCGCAACGCCAAGUCAGGUCACGCCGAGGCCAACUUCAAAAUAGGAAAGGUCGAGCUGAGCACCAACUGCGUGGAGACGGUCGGGGACCUUCUCCCUGGAGGCCAACUCCAGACGGAUAACGGGACCAUCGACCUUCUGGACGAUUGGGCCAAAGGAGGCUGUGAGAAGGACUGCGUCUGUCUAAACGAGGUGUACAGACCAACGGUUUGGUCUCUGAUCAGGUGGAACGGUGAAAUCUGGGUGGCGGUGGUGACUUCAGUGGCCGGCGUAGGGGUGGCUCUUUCCUUCGCUGUGGCCGUUUUCAUAAUUACGAGAAUGUGCAAAGGUGACGUGUUGGAGGGAAAUCCAACUUUCUCGUUCAUCCUGCUGUUCGGGGUGAUUUUCACUUACGUGGCCGUUCUGCCCUACUGCGGCUCGGGCCCGCGACUGCUGUGCGUCAUCAGGGAGCUCGGCACGUGCCUCGGCUACGCGCUUUUGCUGUCGGUGAUGCUGGCCAGGGCCAUCAUGCUCACCACCACCGACGAGCAGGGCUUCAUGAGCCACGUCAGCGGAUACCUGCAGGCCGCGCUCUGGUUCUUCAUCGUCGCAGUUCAGGUUGGCUUGACGGCGCAGUUUCUGAUUUUCAACCAGUCCGAGUUGUUGUCGAUGCCGUCGUCAGAGGCCGAGGGCAACGUGGUUUGCCACCAACACAGGGGCUCCUUCCUGCUCCUCCUCGGCUACGACUUCCUGCUGAUGCUGAUGUUGGUGCUGAUCAGCCCGUUGGUGGCUCGCUCGAAGCGCAACUACCGCGAGGGCUUCUUUUUCUGCCUGGCCAGCUGGAUGUGCGCCACGUGCUGGAUCUUCUGGGUCACCGGCUUUGUGAUUUUGGACGAGCCGUGGCGGCCGAUGGUCAUCGCCGUCGGACAGGUGGCCUGCGCCAGCGUCGUCCUCUCGGCCGUCUUCAUUCCCAGGACGUACUUGAUCGUCUCGUCGGUCACCAGGGCCAGAAUCGCGUCCGCCAUUCCUUGUGCUGCAGCGGCCUAUUCCAGCUCCACAAACAUCCUCGACAUUCAGUACAGAUCCAGCCAGCAGGCGUUGUACGACUCUGUGCACAACGUGCACCACGUGCACCAGGGAGGUCACUACGUGGAGGACGAGGUGCCGGCGGCGCCGCCGCUGCCCAAGUCGCCGCAGUACGCGGCCGCCGGCGUCUCCAACCCCAACUACUACUCGGAGCAGCCCAGGGGCAACCAGUCGGCCGCGUCCACCCUGAAGGCGGGGCGCUCGUACGCGUCGCCCCGCAUGGUCAGGUCACCCUCCCCUGAGAACACCUACGCGAGAUACGACUCACCGCCCUCACCCCUCAAGGUCACCCGGUUUUGAGGCCGCGACAAGGGCGAAGAACAUGAAGCUCUAGUUUUUAAAUUUCUUCCCAUUUAAAAAAAAAUUCACACUCUGGAAUUAUGUAUCAUUUGCUUUUAUGUAUUUCGUUUCGGCUUUUAAAGUUUUUUAAUUUUUGUGUAUAUAAAUUUGUACGCCAGUUUUUUACUAUGAUUUUAAAAUUUUCAUCUAGUCAAUGACAAAAAUAUCUUGCUCAUAUUAUUUUUCUUAAUUUUAUUUUGCUAGUUUUCCCGAUUUUUCAAAUACUUGCCUAUUUUGUUCUAGUCGCUUUUUCUGCCUUUUGGUUUUGUUUUAAGGUUUUAUUUUUGAACCGUUUUAUUUUGUUCUUUUAUAAUCUAGUCGAUUUUUUAAAAUGUAGACCAAUUGCAGAAAAUUAUGUAGCCACAAGUUUUUACAAUAAAAUUGUUGGACUUUGCAGAAGAAACUGAAUGACACC